AUGGUCCCGUCAUCAUCACCACUGACACCACUCCAAAACCAUAAGUACUUGUAACACCGAACACCUCGUUAAAGAUUAACCGUUUUGAAAAUUUUGAAUCUAGGGAUGAACAAAAGCCAUUUUGGAAAAAGCGAAGGAACCUGGUCGUGCUUAUGGUAUCUUUAGGAUAUUUCAACUUCUACACACUCCGAGUGAAUAUGGCUGUAGCAAUCGUAGCCAUGACAUCGUCAGCAGACAACACCGAGGUGAGUUUACAUUAUAAUUUACCUCCUUGUUAAAACUCCUCGGAAGAAAGACGGUAAAGGCGAUAUUCCAGUGACGUCAUGUGUAGUAUUGUGUUCAUCAAGUACAUAUUAUGCUCAUAAUUAUAAUAAAUCAACCAGUGGCGUGCCGUGAUAUUUUAUAUUGGGUAAGUGCUUAUAUAAAACUUAAAACUAAAUCUUAAAAAACAUAUUUUAUUGAUAAAAAAUACAAUUCAAAAUUCAUUUAAAAUAUUUUUAUUUAAUUAACAGUUGUAUUUAUAAAAAAGUAUAGAAAAAAUAUUAUCUUUUUAUUUUAUUAUUUCCGAAAUUUUUAAGAUAACCAUUCUGUAGAGUUUAUUUUUCUGAAAAUUUUAAUGUAUCACACAUAUAUAUCUGAUUAUUAUUUUCUAAGUAACAGCUGUUUUAAAUUCUACUUAUCGAAAUCCGAUGUUAUCACGUAACUCGGUUAUGUUAUUCCCUAAAUAACAUCGGUUUUCGAUUAGUAGAAUUUAAAAUGGCUGUAUAUACACAUGUGAUACAUUACAAAAUUUCAGAAAAAUAAACUCUACAAAAUGGCUAAAUUUUUUUAAUAAUAGAAAAAUUUAAUUAAAAUAUAAAUAUUUGUAAACCUCUUCCCUAUGAAUAAUAUAAAAAAAAUACAAUUUGGUUAUCUUUAUUAUCUCCUAAGAUAAUCAAGGGGUAUAUCUUCGUGGGACAGCCUGUAUAUGAUAAUUAAACAAUUUUUACAAAAUAAUAUUAAUACUUUAAUAGCAAAUGUACCCAUGUAAUAUAAUAAGUAUAUUGAUCCAAUAUGUAAAGGUAAAAUAUUGGAAUAACGUUUUUAAAAAGCCGUCCUAGGAUAAUGGCGACGGAUGCAGUUACUGUUAUAGGUAAUUUAAUAUAUACCUGUAAGCAACGAUAAAACAUUGCUUACGAAAAAACGAUUCCGAGCAUAGUUCAGUUGAUAGUGAUGCUUUGUUCAUAAUAUACAGUGUGUCCAACCGUGUUCAAUGGAUUUUUCUAGCGCUGUUAAUAUUAAAUUGUUUUCGAAUUUUUUUUCAAUUGGUUCGUCUUUAAAUCGAUGUCCCCGAUUUAAAGAAAAAUUUAAUUAUUAUUUUCUUCCCCUAAAAACAAAAAAAAUAACUUUUUAUCUAUUUACUUUCGAAAAUUUUCAAAGUAGCCAUUUAAUAUUAUAUUUAUAAUAUAAUAUAUUAUAUAUAUAUAUAUAUAUAUAUAUAUAUAUUAUUAUAUUAAAAAAUUAUUCUAAAAAUGUUAAUGCAUCACUCAUUCAUAUCCUAUGAAUAAUUUCUUAGUUAUAGCCGUUUUAAUUGUGGGUGAAAACAAUUAAUAUUCACAUGUUAUGCGAUAAGGAAUUACAAUCAGCACGGUAAUUCUUUACCUUCUGUUCAAUAUUAAUUAAUAAAAUAAUAAAGUAAAAACAAAAUUCGUAAAAUAGUUAAUACUCGUAAAUAAAUAAAGUAAAUAAUUUAAAAACAACGGACAUAUUUCGCACGUGGGUUUGUGGUGACUUACCAAUUCCGGGAAUGAACUCACUAAUUCUCGCAAAUUAAUACGACUAUUUUGAAACGGGUAUCAAUGAAACCGGACCAAGUGGGUGGGCCAACUUCAUGGACAUACACAGUGUGUUGUGUACUACAUACGUCAUGUCAUAUUAUUGUAAAAUAAUUAAAUAAGUAUCAUAUUUUUUUUUUUUUUUAAAUAUUUAUUUAAUAUAGUAUUGAUUUUCCCAUUUUCCUGGUUUACCUAUGUUUUUCUUAGUUUUCACAUUUGCUGAGAAAACUUGGAAAAAUUUAAAAAUGAUCUCCCUAAAAUACCUUCCAAGUCAGAUUUCCUUUCAAACAAAAUGCUACCAUUGUAAAUCGGAGCAAAAUUGCUGGUAGAAAAGCUGUUCACAGAUAAAAAAAAAUAAAAAUAAAAAUAAACAUCUUUGUAAAACCAUAAGCUUUUUUGUUCCACUCAGAAUCUAAAAUAUUAGAGAGCGCUUGAUACAUAAAAAACAUUGAUCACGACCAGUCGUUUCUAUAAUAAUGAUAACGAACAAUCUAAAUCAAAAAUAUGAGUGCUGCUGUAAAUAAAUUGCUCAUACGACAAAAACUGAAUAUAAUUUCUUUCGAAGUAACCUGGUAAAUUGUUUUAAAUUAAAUACUCAUAUAUGAAUCAACAAAUAGUAGUAUUUUUAAUCUAAAUUUGAUUUUUAUUUAACAUAAUAAUUAUUAAUUAUUUUAUUUCUUCGUUGUUGGCCAGGCAUGCGCCGCUUACUUAGCUUGCCUUGAUGGUAUGCCACUGAAAUCAACUGAACAUUGUAACAUAUGUAACUAAAGCAAAAGAGAAAGACUUAUUUGGUCCAAUGCUGGACAUUUUUCGGUGGGUCUUAGUUCUGAAUGUUACCAAAAUUACUACGGUCAAUCAAAAUACGACGAAAGGCAUGAUGAUGUCGUUAAAAACAAGGUUCCUAGAUUAUACACAAACCUUGGCUGUAUUAUCGCCUUAACAGUGUUUUAUCUCCGCAUUCUUCUCUCAGCGUCUUACCGGGCCAUAAUUCAUCUAUCCGUUUUCUUCUUUCUCUAAUUUUCCAAUCGGCUAUCAACAUUAUUUAAUCAUUCCUACAUAACGUUUCGUGAAUCUCCAACGACGCCAUAUUGAAUUCAUUGCCUUUAUGUAAUUGUUAUCGUACGAUUGUCGUAUUCAUUGUAGCCAUUGUUUGAUAUAGACAGCCGAGUUCAACUGGGAUUCAAAACUCCGUGGAACUGUUUUGAGCGCGUUCUCGUACGGAUACAUAACCACGCAAAUGGUUGGCGGUUUAUUGAGUACCAAAUUUGGCGGUGUCAAGCCGAUGGGCUACGGCGUAUUAUUAAACGCGUGUUUCACGGUGCUAACCCCAUUGGCUGCCAGAUAUUCAGUUUAUCUGGCAAUCGUAUUCACUAUCGCCGGAGGAAUGUUUCAAGUUCGUGACCGUAUAUAGUUAAAUACACUACCCAAUAUAACAUUUGUUUUAACACGAUUUUCCCUAUUUUCAAUAAUUAUUAUAAUCGGCUAUAUCCCCGAUUGUUCGUUAAAUUGGCUCCAAAAAAACAAAAACAAAUUAUAAUUCAAUAGUACUUGUAAAUUAUAAUUGUGUAAAAUAAUAAAAUCCUUGCUCCACAAUGCCCAGUGUUUGAAAUCUAAAGAAAACUGGUCAAAAUUCUAGAAUCUAUUAUGGGGCUAAUUCAGUAUUGUUUAUUCUACAAAGUCACUAAAACUGUAAUUUUCAAAAAUAAAGUAAUAUCACCUAUCCAAAUUGAAUGGUUCACUGCAACAACUAGAUAACUUUAUAUGUAUAGUAUAAUUUAAAAAAAAAAAUUUCUAUAUUAGGGUACAAAAAUAAAAAAUAAAAUUGUAUUGUUCUUUUAACAAUUUCAAAGGUGGUUGUAGUUUAAUGGUUGCAGUGAACUCUUCAAUAAUUGAAACACAACCAUUGUACUGACAUGUUAUAAUUUUAAAUAUGUAUCCUAAAUUAGGAUGUUUUGGAACCCUUCACCCUCUCACAAAGUAAAAGUAAAAUUUAGUUUUUAGUAAGAUUAAAUAAAAAAUAUUAUGUAUUUUGUAUUAUCCAGUGACGCAGUCGCGUCGCAGAGCUAAGUAAAAAAAAAAAAAAGCUCGAGUAUCGACCGGAGUAUAUUACAUAAGACGGUCAACUCCUAUUUAACCCGUGUAAUUUUACGGUAAAUGGUCCGACCUCUCUGUAGUCUAAACUAAUGAAAUGAUUGUUUUGAAAUUUACACGAGUUGAUCAAUAUGUUAUGUAGAUGAUACUUUUGUAAAUUUCAAAUUGAUUGGAUGAUUACAGUCUGAGUAAUAAGCAAAAGUAUUAACAUAGUUUUUACUCAAAACGCUAUUUUUUUCAACAAAAUUAAACUAUACAUAUGUUGUACGCAUUGUUACCACCUGUUUACAACUGUAAAACAAUGUUUUUUUAAUUUAAUUUAUCGUUGUAUUACUAAGUAUCUUUUUCCAGCAACUUGCAUAAGCUAUAUUUAUACAUCAUAUUAUAUUAAUUUACUCAAUCUAUAAACAAUAAAGAUAUUUUGUCCCCAUAAUUUUUCACUCGAUAAAAAGAAACAUAGGUUACUAUAUCCAGAAUUUUAAUAAAAAAUUUAGUGAUAUCCCAACAAAAACUCUCCGCCAACUACGUGUAAACCUUCCCUAAGAAAAAAAAAAACUCAAUUAAGAAAAGUUGUAAUAUCAAAAAGGAGAUAAGUAAUUUUUUAAAUUCAUUAGUAUAGAAAUUUCAUAGCUCCUUUUUGAUAUUACAACUUUUCUGAAUUAAGUUUUUUUUUCUUAACGAAGGUUUUACACAUAGUUAAUUGAGGGUUUUUGUUCGGAUAACUUUAUUACAUGAUCAUAUAAUAAUUAGUUUAAAAUAAUUUACUUAUUACAUAGCCGCUUGGGAUUAAUAAAAAAAUAAAAUUAAAAUAAAAAUUAAAAUAAUUUAUUAAAUUUGAUACUUAUAACUACUAUAAUUAAUACUAAUAAUAUUAAAACUUCACUAUUCUAGAUUCUAAUUCAAAAACUAUUCGAUUGAUUUUUCAUAAUUUACUUUUUGGGCUAAAUCAUUUUCAAUUGAUAAAAUUUCCAACGACGAGAGCCUAUAAUCUGUCAUUGAGGAACGCAAAUAAGUUUUUAUUAAUUUAAGUAUAAAGAAACUUCGUUUACCGGAUGCUACUGUAACUGGGAUCGUCAACAAUAUUCUUAAAGAUAUUCAUGUGUAAAGGAUUAUAUCAACUAAUUUCAUAUCGUGUAUAAACUGGAGCGCUGCUUUGGGUGAUCAUUUGUCAAUUGGUAAAAGUGAAUUUAGAUGUUCAGUUUACUGUAAAGCUCUGAAGAGUUUUAGUAUUAUUUCCUACCCUGGGCAGUCGCCCACGUCGCCCAGAGCUUUCACUGGCCUUGGUCCUAAUCUAGCUUAACCUAAUUAUUAUAGGGGAUCUCGUAUCCGAGUACAAACGCCGUGUGGUCGCGAUGGAUACCACCUGCUGAGCGUGCGAAAAUGUCGUCGUUUGGUAUUUCCGGUAGUAUCGUGGGUAUUAUCGUCGGAUAUCCGGUCUGCGGUUGGUUGGCCAAAAAAUACGACUGGACAUACGUGUUUUACGUACCGGGUGAGACAAAAUUUGACUUUUUAGUCUUAUUUUUUAGUGUCCAGUAAUGUAAACGAUAAUUAUUAUCGUCUAAUGGCAUUUCGUCAUUACAUUAUUAUUAUAGGUUUCGUGGCCGUACUGUGGAGUAUUAUCUGGUUGGUGUAUAUAGCGGACUCUCCGACGGAAGACGUUUAUAUUUCUGAAGAAGAACGCGAGUACAUUGUCAGUUCAAUAGGUUCGACCGGUGCAUUAAAAAAAAGUACGCCCAUAUUUUGCAACGCGUACUAAUUCGAUAGUUACUCGUGCUUUACUUUUUAUUUCUUUAUAUAUAUAUAUAUAUUAGGUUUAUUUAGCUACCCAUGGAAAUGUAUUUUCACAUCGAUGCCGAUUUGGGCGAUAAAUUGCGCUCACUUUUGCAGUAAUUGGGGAGCCCUCACACUGUUGAUACAGUUACCAAGCUACAUGAACGGUAACUUUAUAUGUAUAUAUUAUAAUAUAAUUUUUAAUGUAUCCAGUUUAAAUAAAUUAGUACUUUAAUACUCGAUAGAAUAAACAAGAAAAGGAAUUAUUUUAAAAUAGGUAGGUACUGAUUAUAUUGUAGAUCUUAAUCAAGUUUCGUCGUGAAAAAAUUAUAUUAUCAUUAGGUGCUCUGUCGUAUUACUCGAUUAGAUCAAAUUAUCGAUAUUUUAUACAUAAAAUACCACGACUUUAAUAGUUUUUAAUUAAACGCACUUUUUUUGAUCUCUGAACUUAGCAAAGGAUGUAUGGUUUUACUAUUUAGUUUUCAUAUAAUGUGUGCAGUGUGAUGCGAUUGUUUUUAAUUUAUUGAUUGUGAUACAAUUUUUCUAUCGGAAAUAUUGCUCUGAUUAUCUAAUGUGAGAGACAAUUUUGGUCGAAAAUUUUGUCUGGUUGGUUUAUUGAAUAAUCCAUUUACUGAUUGUCCUUUUAGUUUUUUUAAUAGUUGAGAACAACGGGAAAAUGUAUUCAGUUAAUGACGAUUUUCAUUACACUCGAUUUUGUUUUCUUUAUUUUUCCAGUUAAAAAUAAUCGUAAAGAUUUGAGAUUUCCGUUACGUAGCCAAAACCACGAUGAUACAUUUUUAACUAACUGCUACUUUGGUUCACAGAUGUAUUCAAAUUUGAUAUCGGCUAUGGGAGUUUUUUAUCAGCGCUGCCAUAUGUCGCUUUGACUAUUGUCCUCCAAAUUACUGGAUUGCUUGAUUAUUGGAUUAAACAAAAAAAUCUACUAACUACUACUCAAGUAUGAUAAUUAUUUAAAAUUACGUACGAAGCUGUACAGUAUUCUACUUGUACGAAUGGUAUUAAACUGUUUUUUUUUUUUUUUGUAGUCAAGGAAACUCUUCAGUAGCCUCUCUUCCCUGAAUAGAGCUGUUUUUAUGUACUUGACGGCGUAUUCCACAACGGCAGUCGAAUCUUUAUUAUAUUUAACAUUAGCGAUGGGCCUCGGGGGAUUUUAUUCCGCCGGAUUUAUGUAACUAUUUCUCACCGUUGGUAAGAGAAUUACGUUGAUUCUAAUUUUUCUUUCAGCGUCAAUCAUUUAGACGUAGCACCGCAGUACUCCAGUCUUUUAUUAGGAAUUUCAAACACGUUUGGAACCGUACCAGGUUUUAUUACGCCCAUGCUGGCCGGUAUAGUUGUGCAGCACAAUGUAACUAUUUCGAUUGGUACUGUUAUUAAAAUUAUAUUAAAGAUAUUAUUUAUAAUAUGAUUUUAGAGUGCGGAAGAAUGGAAAUGGGUGUUUAUAAUCGCUAGUAUUGUCCAGUUGUUUGGAGGAAUUUUUUACGUCAUAUUUGCAACAGGAGAACGACUAUAUUGGGCUGAAAUCAAAUCCGAAAAAAAUGAGGUCCAGAACCCACUGUGCGAAAAUGUGUAA